AUAGCACACUUUGGACUUUGGAAGUUACUGAAAGGAUCAUUUGGUUGAUCGCUAUGCAGGGCAAACUGAGUGAGGAGCACACUAAGCAUGUGCUUGGAGCAUGGAGAACAGCUCCGCCGGUGGCUGAACUGCAGGACCAGCUGCUCGCAGUACUGGAGCUGUACGAGCACUUCCCACUGGACGUCGCCAUCACUGGAGGCACACCUGAGGCCAACGCACGCCUAGCCAGAGUUGUCUGUGGACUACAGGACCAAGAGCACUGCCUCUUAGAUGAGGAGGAGGAGGAGGGAGAGGACGAAGAGGAAGACGAAAGUGAUGAGGGAGAGGAAGAGCUAGAACAGAGUGAGAUGUCCGAUGUAGACACAGGAAGUAAAGAAAUGAGCAAGAAUGUGUGGAGAACAGAGAAUGGCCUCCCAGUGUUGUCUUAUCCUUAUAUCCCAAAUGUCCGCAUAUGGAUCUUAAACGGGCCCUCUGCACCAUACUCUGGCAGCCCACCCAGUGCUGGCUCACUCUUUGACCUGCUGGUGGUCCUCACCUCAGAGCUGCACCCGGAGGACCACAUGGUGUCUCUCAUGGAGCUGCGUGAGAGGGACCAGCCGCUGUACCUAGUUAAAGCAGAGGCGGACACGGACCUGGUCCACGAGGAGCUUAAAGGGCCGUGCAAGACCUGUGCUUGGGAGCGCAUGAGAGAGCGCAAAUUAGAACUGCAGCGCAGGAGGAAAGAAAGAGAGGCAACAGGGACAGGGGUCAGCCAAGACCCUGACAGGCUAGUGGGCAUGACGGAGAUCGGUGGUCUUCUCCUCUCCGCUCUUCCAGACAUGAGGAAGCAGGCUUUUUGUCAGUUUAUACUAGAUGCUUCCAAAGAACUCAGAGCGCCAAAAAAUCUGAGAAAUAAUGCUAAGUCUACAAUCUCCCCUGCCCUUGAUACUGGGAAGGUAAAGAAGGAGGAAAUAGAACAGAUCUCUGCAUUUCUGUCGUCCAAGGCUCUGACCAACCAUCCCGCCAGGCUUCUGAGUAUCCUGAACGCCAUGGAGGACUUCCGUCUGGAUGUGGGAGUCCUGGGCGCCACCGGCUGUGGCAGCUCCAGCUUCAUCAAUGCCCUCCUAGGGCUGAAGAACGGAGAAGAGGGAGCAGCACCAACAGGUGUCACUGAAACCACCCUCGAGCCUGUGGCAUACCAGUACCCAGAAUUCCUCAACGUGGUCCUCUGGGACCUCCCAGGGAUGGGGAGGGUUGGUGGGCUCAACUCCCCCUUUCUUCAGAAGUCCAGUGAGGCGGAUCCCCUGACCACUGUGCUGCGCCCCUCCUGUGACGUUUACAUCCUUCUGUCUCCAGUCCGACUCAGCAUGGACUGUGUGAGCUUACUGCACCAUAUCUUAGCCACAGGUACGCAGUGCUACCUGGUCCUGUCCAAGGCUGAUCAGGUUGAUGAGGAGAGAGUUAGUGAAGUGAAGAGGUGGAGUGAGGAGGUUUUGUCAACGUUGGGAUACCAGCUGGUGGUUUAUGCCGUCUGUGCACUGCAGCCAGAGAGGAUGGACUUUCAUGAACUGACAGAGACACUGCAGCUCUCCAUAUCCUGUCACAAGAGGAAGGCCAUGGCCCAGCAUGUUGCAAAAUUAUUAGAGCAGGAAAUCUUUAAGAAAAAAACAGAGCUUUGUAAAACAAUGUAAUAAUUUAUAUUUAUUCCAA